AUGGAUUCAGCAAGCGCUAUUCCGAUCGUGGAUUUCGCCCGGUGGAAUUCCGACGACACCAGUCGACUCCUCAUCGCCCGCGAGAUCGUCGCCGCUUGCCAGAAGGUGGGGUUUGUCUAUAUCGUCAACCAUUCGUUACCGGAAUCUCUGCUGGACGACGCCUUUCACUGGUCCCAGAUUUUCUUUGAAUUAUCCCAAGAAGAGAAGCUUCAGGCUCCUCACCCAGAGGGAUGGGCUGUGCAUCGGGGUUAUUCAUGGCCGGGGCUAGAGAAGGUAUCAGGGCUCGAAGCGACAAGUGCCGAGGAUGACCAAGAGCGGGCGAAAGAGCUACGGGAGGUCCCGGAUAUCAAAGAAAGCUACGACAUUGGCAGUGAGAACAAUCCCUCCCAACCAAACCAAUGGAUUCCCGAAGAAACGCUUCCAGGAUUCCGCUCGUUCAUGACAAACUUCUACGGCGAAUGCUUUCGUGUGGGUGGAGAAAUCCUGCAAGCUCUAGCUAAGGGCCUUGACCUCGACGAGAACCACCUGCUCGAAAAGCACUCGGGCCAUAACAACCAGCUCCGCCUGCUGCAUUAUCCGCCUGUACCCGCCUCGGCAUUGGAAAAUGACCGUGCAGCUCGCUGUCCGGCGCAUACAGACUGGAGUUCGAUCACCUUGCUCUUCCAGGAUGACUGCGGCGGCUUGGAGGUGGAGGACGUCCACCGGCCGGGUACCUUUGUCCCCGCGACGCCUAUUAAAAAUGCCAUUGUGAUGAAUGUGGGGGAUCUUUUACAGAGAUGGAGUAAUGAUCGUCUGAGAUCGACUAGCCAUCGGGUCACUCUGCCACCUUUGGCAGAUCGAUUUGAAGGAAAAGAGAGGAUGACUCGGGGGCGGUUUUCCAUCCCAUAUUUUAUGGCCCCAGACCCUGAUUCGGUGAUUGAGUGUAUACCGUCUUGUAGAGGUGAUGAACCGGCCAAAUAUGAGCCGAUCACGCAAGCGGGUUAUAAUCAGAUGAGAGCGUCUAUGCAAUACUGA